UAGAACAUCUUUGUUUCUCUUUCUUGCCUGUCCUUCUUUCCAGUUCUAGAUAGGUACUGCGCUCUUAGAUUAAUCACUCGCUCCCUCACUCGCGAUUUCAUUCUGCGAAUCCGAGUCCUAUGGAAUGGAUGUCCGACGAGCUCCUCGACUCCAUCUUCUCGUUCAUCGAUCACCCCAUGGACCGGCGAGCGCUCUCCGAGGUUUGCAAGCGCUGGUACCUUGCAGACGCCAGGACUCGCAAGAGCAUCACUGUUGGCUUCUCCUACGCCAUCGAGCCAUCCAACUUGAGCCGAAGGUUCCGCAACAUCCAGGCUCUCAAAAUCAAAGGCAAGCCUCGAGUGUCCGAGUUUGGGAUGGUUGUCAAGGACUGGGGUGCCUACUGCGAGCCGUGGAUCCAAGAGCUCGUCAGCCAAAGGCAUCCCAGCAGCGCUACAGCAUUCGCCUCUCUAACGUCUCUCCACUUUCGACGCAUGGAAGUCUCGGACACGGCCUUGAGAUUGCUCGCUCGGGGCUUCGGCUCCUCGCUCCAAGUUCUCAGGCUGGACAAGUGCUCCGGGUUCUCCACCGCGGGAUUGGAAGCCGUGGCUCGAGAGUGCAAAUCCCUGCGAGUUCUUUAUCUGGAAGAGAGCGUGAUCGAGGACGAUGGAAGCCAGUGGCUCCACGAGCUGGCAGUGAGCAACAGCGCCCUGGAAGUCCUCAACUUCUUCCUCACUGGCUUGGAUCUUUCGAAUCUCUCCGACCUGGCGCACAUUAUCGCGAACUGUAAGUCGCUGACAUCCCUGAAACUUGGCGAGAUCAGUAGGGGCGUGGUGGACCUCCCGGCGGACAUCUUCAUCGCGGCCAAGUCGCUCAAGGAACUGGCCGUGAUCUUCGCUCGCAACAACAUCAGUGUCAACUUGCCCAAGACCCUCACUUCUUUCGCCGGUGACCUCUUGUUCCCGCUGGAUCCACUCGUGUGCUCAAAUUUUCGCGAGCUGGAUCUCAUGUCCACCACUCUCACCGCCGAGGAGCAUAUGCAAGUGAUCCAGUGCUGUCCAAAUCUCGAAGUCUUGAAGGUCCGGAACAUAAUCGGCGAUGCCGGCGUCGCCACGCUCGCCAGCCUCUGCCCAAAGCUCCGCCGCAUCCGCAUUGAGAAUCUCGAGGACGCGUACGGCUUCUGCUCUUACAAGGGCCUCAUUACCCUCGCCUCGCGCUGCGUCAACCUCCAACACGUAGCCAUUUACGUCUCCGACAUCGCAAACUCGGCCCUCCGAGCUUUCGGCACGCACUGCCCACACAUGCUCGACUUCCGAAUCGUCCUCCUGGAAUCCACCUUGCCCGUCACGGAGCUGCCGCUUGACUCCGGCGUCCGGGCACUGCUCCAAGGCUGCCGCAAGAUCACCCGCCUCGCCAUCUAUCUCCGCAAUGGCGGCCUCACCGACGCUGGCCUGGCCGCAAUUGGAAGCCUCGGCGAGCACUUGACGUGGCUGCUGCUGGGCUGCGUGGGGACCUCCGAUCGGGGCCUCAUUGAUCUCGCUUCCGGCUGCCGGAGCUUGCAGAAGCUGGAGCUCCGCGAUUGCCCCUUCACUGAGGGCGGGAUUGCGGUCAGCGUCCGCCUCCUCGCGUCGCUGCGCUUCUUGUGGAUCCAAAAGUACCGCGAGUCCAAUCCCUAUGAUCUCCUCCAGAUGGGUGACUGGGUGGUAGAGUACAUCGUACCCAGUAGCGACACUACACCAUCACAGGUGGUGGCGUAUCGAUCCACUGUGGGGCACCGCAGCGAUUUCCCUGAGGAGGUGAUCCCUCUCAGCCAGAUUGCCUGGGCAUUUGGCGGGGGAUUUCAUAUUUGAAACUACUUCAACAAAGACAAAAGUAGGAUGAAGUCCAGCGUUGCGAGGGUACUGACGCCUCAUGGAAGCGCGAGUUGCAAAAAGUAAUGUUUUUUUCUCUACGAUGCAUUUGCAGCAGCCAAAAUCGGCUCGCGGCGGAAAUCUUGCAGCAGCUCCAGAGAUGGUCAGAAUCCUCUAGUCAUAUAUGUAGGACAGAUUGGGUUUCUGGGACAAGAGUCUAUGAAAUAGUUCCUUUCUUAAUAAUUGCAAUCCAAGGGAAUAAUAAAGACAGAAGUGGAAGACAGAUAGAUAUCAACAUGGGACCAUACUAAAGUUUAUUAA